CUCGCACCAAGGUCGCCGUCUAUCUCUUGUCGUACGGGUUUCAAUUGGCGUCCCAAAACCACGAUUCGCCGAUGAGACGCUCAUAGAGCCCACCCUACCACCUCAAACCCGGCUCUCGUCCAACCAACAUCUAAAAUGCCGCCCUCACUACCGCUGCUGCCCCAGCGGCUCAUCACAACCCUCCGCCUCCCAUCAUCCAGCACAACGACCACCCUCCUCCGCACGACCCACCACGCCUUCAGCACGACACCCCACCGGACCUACAAGCAAAAGACUCUCGACCCGCCGAUCCCGAGCCCGACGGGGCGCGCCCCGGCCAUCCCGCCGUACCCUCUGGGCCCGCGGCAGGUAUACAAGCAGUCCAACACGGGGCUGUACGGCCCGUCCCGGAUCCGGUUCGGCAACCGGGUCAGCGAGAAGUACACGAUGAAGUCGCGGCGCAAGUGGCGGCCCAACGUGCAGCAGAAGCGCCUGUGGAGCGCGUCGCUGGGCGCGUUCGUGCGCACCCGCGUCACGUCGCGGGCCCUGCGCACCAUCGACAAGGCCGGCGGGCUCGACGAGUACCUGCUCGGCUCCAAGGCGGCGCGCGUGGCCGACCUGGGGCCGUGGGGGUGGAGGCUCAGGUGGAGGGUCAUGCAGACCGAGGCCGUGAGGGAGAGGUUCCGGGCGGAGAGGGAGGCGCUGGGGUUGCCGGCUAGGGAGGACGAGGGUGGUGUCCUGGAGGAGGGGCUGUUGGAUGGCUUCCCGGCUGGAAUGGUCGCUGAGGGGGCUACGGCUGGGGAGCUGAUGGAGGAGGUGGACAGGAUGAUUGAGAGGGAAGAGGAGUUUUCGUUGGAGGAGGGAGUGGAGGAGGAGGAGGGGUUCAUGAGGGAGGAGAAGCCGUUGAGGGAGGUCGAUACCAAAGCCUAGGUCAUUCAAGAGCAGUGAGGGACGAGGAAAAGACACUUGCUGUCACGGAAACUCGAGAGAUGGUUGUAUCAUAUUGUGUAUAAAAACUCACUCCACGGCUGUAACAUGGACUGUGCCCUGCAUCUUCCGGUAUAGUCUUAUCUCGAGUGGUUCUCCAUCACCAACAUGUUUCCAAUUUUAA